UUUUCAUUACAUAACAAAAUGGCGGUCUCAGCUAAUGGCCGAACGUGGGCCGCGAGUGGUGAACGCAGUGGAAAAUCGGACGAUGACCUCUUAGUGUUCGGUUACUCGUGCAAACUGUUCAGGGACGACGAAAAGGCGAUGCAUAUUGACCGCGGCAAACAUUUGAUCCCAUGGAUGGGCGACGACAGCCUAAUGAUUGACAGGUACGAUGCAAGAGGCUACUUGCACAGCAUCCAUGAAUACGAGCCGAAGCCUGGAGCAGCGCUUCAGUACAUUGCCUCACUUACAGAAGAAGAGAAAGCCUUGGAAGAGCUGUGUGAAGAGGAGCGGUUCCUUGCACUCUUCAGAGACCUCCAUGAGGAAUCGAUCUACCAAGAGGAAGAGCUGAAGCGCCUCAACGUUGCCAUGAAUGCGGAUGGCACCUACAAGGAGACUGCCUUCUCUUACGACUCGGAGAGCUCUGCCCUGGAAUCGCAAGGUGCGCAAGAUGACAUUGAGGUACCAUUCAAGGCACCCAAGGGCCUUCACAUUCCAGUGUCAGUACCUACACCCCCCACCAUGAAGUUGCACGCCAUCAUUGAGAAGACAGCCCUGUUUGUGUCUCAGCACGGGGCCCAGAUGGAGAUCCUGGUGAAGACGAAGCAAGCGGGGAACCCCCAGUUCAGCUUCCUUUCCUUUGACCACCCGCUUAACGUCUACUACCGCUUCCUCGUCGAGCAGAUCAAGUGUGGCACCUACAUUCCCGUUGAAGAGUCAACUGGCAAUGAGGAGUCUGACGAUGAAGACGACCACUACCUCCACCCAAGCUUGUUUGCCACAUCAGCGCCAGCUGUGCCUGUUGCCGUUUCCAAGGUGUUUCUAUCCAAGGAAGGGGAGGAGAAUGCGUACUCACAGCUGAUCAAAAACCUCAAGCCACAGCUGGACAGCCCCUCCGGGGGCGCCUCACCAUGCCCUCCUCAGGAAGCGGCCAAUCAGGGCUCAGCGUAUGGCUACACUGAUGGCGCAGGCUAUGAAGGUUACGGAGCUCCUGAAGACUGUUCAGUGCCGCCCCCACCUCCAGGCCUGGAACCCAUUCUCCUGCCAUCACAAGCUGUGCUCACGGGCUAUGCGAUACCACCACCCCCAGAUGUGCAACCGAUCAUCGACAAGAUGGCUGUGUAUGUUGCCAAGAACGGCGAGGACUUCGAGACCAUCGUCAAGAGCAAAGGUGACAAGCGCUUUGAGUUCCUGCUGCCCGACCACGAGUACCACCAGUACUAUCUGCACAAGAAGCAGACGUACCUCAAUGAGCGAGCUCAGCAGCAACAAGAGGAGCAGCAACAGUCCCAGGAGCCAGGUGCCACUCAGGCUGAGUCGGAGGACAAGCCCAAGCCAGCUGAAGAUGAGGAGGAGACCGAAUCUGUUGCUGACGCCACGGAGUCAAUCGAGGAGCGCUAUGACGUGGUGGGCCCCAAGUUGGAGAAUGGGCUCAGCGUCGGGGAUGAGGGCAGCGUGGCAGAGUCCCGGUCGGACUCUCCCUUCUCGAACAUCGACAGCAACGACACAAAUUCCCAGCCAGCGCUGGUGACUCCUGGUGACAGACUUUACAACAAAGGUCCUGUGAGUUUUACACUGAAGCUUAAGGAUUUGGAAGGAAAGGAUAAGAAGCGGUUGCCACUUCAUGCUGAUGAAUCGGACUCGGAAGGGCCAGCUGAAGCUACAGCCCCAGCUGCACCAGCGGCACCGACUGCAACUACACCCACCGAGGAGUCAGCGAAGGUGGUGGAGAAAGCUGUCAGGGAUAAGAAUGCAGAGGGUGCAUCAUCAAAGGACCGGCUCUCCCCAGCUCGACAGCUGCAGAUGGAACGCAAGAAACGCCUUGCGAAAUUUCUUAGCAUGAUCAAGGACUCACAAGGUGUCAGUGCCGCGGGCUCUACCUCGGCAACGUCAGCUAGACAUCAGCACGAUGGCUCCAAAGGUUCCAGUGGCACUUCUACGCCUAAGGAACCCGCAAGCAGGCUUGCGGAUGUUUCACGAGCUCCGACCGACUCGCUUCCUGCUUCGCCUGCCACUAACACUGCGCGGGAGCGGAGCAAUGACAGGGCCACUUCACCGGAGGGAAUUUCUCCACGGCACAGGUUGCACAAAUCGUCGUCCAAGUCACGCCAUCGAUCACGAUCCCCCACCAGGCAUCGUCACCGCCACCACCGUCAUGGCAGGGAUGCCUCCCGGUCGCAGUCACGGGAAAGACACCAUCGCAAACAUCACCGGUCGCCACGGCAAGGAGCAUCUAAAAGGUCACAUAGUAAAAGCCCAUCCCCAGUGAGAAGAUCCAAAGCUAGGAGAUCAAGGUCAAGAAGUCCAGUAAGAAGAAAGUAGGAAAUAUUGUAGAAAUCUUGUACAUUAGUCCCACGGUUGUAAAUAAUACAUUUGCAAGCUAGCUAGUAUUUGCAUUGUUCAUUGUUUCAUUUGCUUAACAUGUGUGGUGACAAUUGGGAGCAAGAGAAUCAAGGGGCCCUGCAGUCUGGCUUGUAGUAUUUACUUGGUAACGUUCAAAGCCUGUUAAAACUGUAGUCUUGUAAAUGUCCUGGCCUUCCUAUGUGCUUCUGAAAUAUUAAGUUUAUUGUAAUUGGACCCAAAACUGCCUUUUGAUAUGGGUUAUGUCUCACUUCUAGAUUAAAAAUGGAGCAAACAUGAUUGGCUAAUGAUAAAGGCCAAGAACUAUUAGUGUGUGGAUUCUUUGAAUUUCUGCAUCAUGAACGUUGGCCAAUAAAGUAUGUUUGUGAAA